GGGCCAUCUUUGGUCGUCCUCGCCGGUGACAGUGUGGACAGUUUAUUCCAUUGGUCAUUAAUGCCUAAUGAUUAAUAAAUAAUAUUUCACUUUGAACGAGCCGUUGAAAGCACUCGGGCAGAGGAAACAAAAAGGAAGCCGAAUAAAAGCCGGCUUUUUGUGGACUCUGUGGUGAUUCUUUCCUUCAAUACCCUUCAUUUCUCAAGGCAAAAAGAGGGCGAGACGGGAGAGGCGGUGAUACAACAUGGAUGAGGAAUAUGAUGUGAUCGUUUUGGGCACCGGACUCACAGAAUGCAUCCUGUCUGGGAUCAUGUCUGUGAACGGGAAAAAGGUCCUGCACAUGGACAGGAACCCCUACUAUGGUGGCGAGAGCUCCUCCAUCACCCCCCUGGAGGAGCUGUACAAGCGCUUCAGUCUUCCAGAUAGCCCGCCCGAGUCGAUGGGCAGAGGAAGGGACUGGAACGUUGAUCUCAUCCCCAAGUUUCUCAUGGCCAACGGUCAGCUUGUGAAGAUGCUGCUAUACACAGAAGUGACACGGUAUCUGGACUUUAAAGUAGUGGAGGGAAGCUUUGUGUACAAAGGAGGAAAGAUCUUCAAGGUGCCGUCGACCGAGACUGAGGCACUAGCUUCAAAUCUGAUGGGAAUGUUUGAGAAGCGAAGGUUUCGGAAGUUCUUAGUCUUUGUGGCCAACUUUGACGAGAAUGACCCGAAGACUUUUGAGGGCGUGGACCCCAAAACCACAACGAUGAGGGAUGUUUACAAGAAGUUUGACCUCGGCCAGGACGUCAUUGACUUCACCGGCCACGCCCUGGCCCUCUACAGGACAGAUGACUAUCUUGAUGUUCCCUGUUUGGAGACGAUCAAUCGCAUCAAGCUGUACAGUGAAUCUCUGGCGCGGUACGGGAAGAGCCCCUACCUCUACCCCCUGUAUGGUCUGGGAGAGCUGCCGCAGGGAUUUGCCAGAUUGAGUGCAAUCUACGGGGGGACCUACAUGCUGAACAAACCGGUGGAUGAGAUAGUGAUGGAAGGCGGCCACGUGAUCGGAGUGAAGUCUGAGGGCGAGGUGGCUCGUUGCAAGCAGCUCAUCUGCGACCCCAGCUACAUCCCGGACCGCGUCCGUAAGGCGGGUCAAGUGAUCCGUGUGAUCUGCAUCCUUAGCCACCCCAUCAAGACCACUAACGACGCCAACUCCUGCCAGAUUAUCAUUCCUCAAAAUCAGGUUAACCGCAACUCAGACAUCUACGUGUGCAUGAUCUCCUAUGCUCACAAUGUGGCAGCCCAGGGGAAGUACAUCGCCAUCGUCAGCACCACAGUGGAAACCAGCGAGCCCGAGGCUGAGAUACAGCCGGCCCUGGAGCUGCUGGAGCCCAUCGACCAAAAGUUUGUGGCUAUUAGUGACCUUUAUGAGCCCACAGAUGAUGGUACUGAAAGCCAGAUCUUCUCCUCGAGGUCCUACGAUGCCACCACUCACUUCGAGACCACCUGCAACGACAUCAAGGACAUCUACAAACGUAUGACCGGGAGCGACUUUGACUUUGAGAACAUGAAGCGUAAACAGAACGACGUGUUUGGGGAGGAUGAGCAGUGAGCUGUAGAGGGGGGCUUCCUAGAGAGGGCGGGGCCGGGAGAGGAGGCGGGGCAAAAAGGGGCGAGAGAGGCGGCAGAGCCCGCGUUAGAGGGCCAGGGGCUGCCUGAGAGCAGACCUUUAAAAAACAAACGGGUGGGAGUGACGCGGAAAGGGGGUGUGUGUCUGGGCUCUGCCUGCCCUCGGCCGCUUGCCUCCUUUUCCCUACGUCCCUCUCUCUCUUGACAAACACAUCAACGCUCACAAACACACACACACACACGCUGUUCAAACACUCACACUCCUUAUCUCUGUCACCGAAAAGCAGGGUUGAUAUGGUCUUUCAUUCCAUUGUAGAAUUUACAGUAUAAUCAUGUCUUAACUAUUGUCAUUAGAGGUGAAUUUAUUACUUGUUGGCGAUUUUCAAAGCAUUUCAUUCUUUCUGUAACGUCUUUCUCCUCAUAUCAGAGGUUGGGUGUUUGGGUGGAAGAUCGAUGGCGUUUAGAGGUGCGAGCUCUGACAUGAGAGAUCUGUAACAGCUUAGUGUAGAAUCCUCUGGAAGGGUCACCUCCAGUUGACGUGCAUGCAUCUUUUACACACAGUAGUAUUGUACAUAGAGUCAAAAACGACACCGCGGUAUGAAGGCUGGACCAUUCCACGCAUCGCUCCUGUCAACCCUGCUUUCACUUUUUCUCUUUCUCGGUCUUUUACCUGUGUUAAACGUCAAAAGACGCCGCUCCUUUUGGCAAAAUCUGUUGGUCAGGCAAAAAGAAAAAAAAAUAAUGUGAUGAAAAA